AUGACUUCUCCAGCAACAACGUCUUCCCAGCUCGGUAUCCCAAAAUCAGAAGCCAGUCUCGCAGAAUGGACCUCGAAGAUCAGGGCUUUACAACAACAAGUGGAUGCAGAUGAAGAAGCUGAACAUAGGAAACUGGAAGAAGAGAUAGCCGCCUCCAGGAUUGCACGGAUGCGGAGGAGUCGCGGUGCAGGGUAUGGUGGUGGAAGUCGUACCAACAGUAUAGAGUUUGGUGACGGAGAUCGCCUUCCCAAGCUAGGGGAAGAUGAUGGAUCGACUACCGACAUGAAAACGAUAGCUGACAGACAGAGGGGACAGGAGGAUGCCAUGCGGAAACUUACAGGAAACGCUAGUCCUCCGUCGAGUGUUUCUAUGUCUCUCGCUGCGUUCAUGGGUGGCAAAGCAACGGGACCUCGACUGAACAAGCAUGCGCCGCAGCAGGAUGCUCAUGACCCAAGGCAGUUUGAGCAGCGGACUCGUAUAACUUCUCCUCACCCUGUAUUUGGAAGAGGAGGCGUUGCGAUGCCUGGGAUGGUAAAGCAGCCAUCAUCGCCAAAAAACAGUAAUUCCGAUCGAGAUGAAACCCUUGCAGGACGUGUAACUAGUUGGAAGAAAGAUGCGGGCUCAAGUUCACCGAAUUCUGUACCAGUAAGGGAACGGAUUACAAGCUCUCCUUUCAUCGGGUCUUCUGGGCCCUCGUCAGUGGUGUCACGAUAUACGGAUGUUAUAUCGCAGCGACCACCAUCACCCCCGAAGUCUGGUUCUCGAGAUCGUGAAAGGACGAUGAGCAGUCCUAAUAAGUCAUUCCCUGAACGAAUAUCGUUUCCAUCUACAUCCGCAGAUGGUAGAAAGACACCGCUAUGUGAAGAAGCCACUGGUGGGCGGACCUCGCCUCAGAAGACAGGGAAUAGGGAGCGUAGAGUCAGCACACCUGGACGGACUUCACCCUCAAAGGUUGCUUUCGUGUUACCCCCAGACUCCUCGGAUGCAAAGACUGCAGAAUCGCCAAAGAAGAAACGAGCGUCUUUUGGAAGCCCGACGCGUCCGAAGACGCCAAGGCAGGAAGAGGUUAUACCAAAAUCACCUCCCAACAAACCUGCCGUCGAGACACCGUGUCUCGCCAGGACUAUUCAGCCUCAGCUUCGCAGCCCGCCCCAUGCACCACAAAUAUCGGUAUCGCAAAACCCUUCUCCUGCGUUUUUGAAACCUCCUGUAACGAAGGAAACUACUCCGAGUCUUAGUCGUCUGCAGGGUCGAGGUUUCGUUCAAAACAUGGUGAAGGCCAGCCAACAGCUUGAAACAACCACUUCUUCUACACAGACGACGCCAGAGAAAACUCUGUCGGCUGGGAGAAAACCUUCCGUUCUUGAUAGGUGGCAACCUCAAGUAUUAACGACCCCUCCUACUACCUCCUCAAUCCCCCAAAUCUCCUCCAAACCUAUUUCGAUGCGAAAGUCUUGGACCGCUGAUCCUGUGGUCAGUACUUCACCUGAGCCCCGUGUGCAAAAGCCAUUGCGGUCCGCCACCUCUUUCCCUUCAUCGAAAUCAGACUCCAAUGAGAACCAGUUUAAACCAUCAGAGCAAACGCUCAACACGGUGCCAUCUCAAGACUUGACGUUGACGGGAGUGGGAUCUGCAACGACACUCGUGUUUUUCGAGCCCGUCGCCACAGAGGUGGACGUUACCGAGUUUGCUGAUGUCGAUGAACUCGGAACAAAGCCCAAAAAAUCUGCCUACUUCAGUGAGAAGCUUCCCAUGCAUACGGGAAAGGCUCUGAAUCAUCCGACCAAGGAGCGCGCUAAAAAACCGAAGAAGCCAUCAAUUGCCACCGUCAAAGCUGGAGAACAAGCAAACGAUUCUCUAAUCCAAUUCACGGCACGUUCACUCUCAAUACAUGAAGCAGAGCACGUGCAGGACAAUGGGAGUGCUCCAGUGAAGACGAAAUUGCCAUCUUCACCUCCAAGCAAAGUGUCUCCUCCCUCCAGCAACGGUGUUCGUACUGGGCGCGUCACGGACAGAUGGUCCAAUCAGCCCAUUAUUGACAUUAAGCCGGUGCAGUUGAGGGACAAUUACCAACCGGAGGCACCGAAACCGUCCAGAAUGGCCGGUCGCAAACCUCUUCCUGGUCUUGCUGUUACACCCUCUUACCCCUCUACGUUCAAUGCUGGAAACCGUGCUGUUGACAAAACUCCAGAAGCAUCAAGUCCAAAUGUUCAGUCGCCGAGGACACAGGUCGAAAGCCACCGCUCUGUUACGCCUGUCCGCCACACUCGUAUUCCUAGCACCGGAAACCGGGCCACUGUUAUGGAUAUCGCCCAGGUGUUUGAUGAAGAAACCGAACGGCCGCCGACUGCGAGCCCUACCGAGGCGGAACCUGCUGUAGAAAUAGACGCAACCUUCAAUGGCGUCCCUCCGGAAAGUGAAGACGUAACUCAUCACCUUCCGACGUUGACAGCUUCGAACUUGGAAAGAAGAAGGUCGACCUUUGAGAAGUAUGCUGUUCCUCCUUUACCCCCACUCAAAGAGGAAGCUACCCCUCUGUCAACUCCUUCCGGUACCUUGACACGAGCGGAUUCUGAAGGCCGUAAAUAUCUGCAAGGAGUUUUUGAUGGUCAAGUCGCGCAGGACGUCAAGGUUAUACCAAGUGAAGAUGAUUUCAAAAUCUCGAAGCCCGACAUUCCUGACGCCUCCCGGAUUGUUCACCUUUCUCACGUCGAUCACCCUCUACCUUCUGUGGAUUAUAGCACACUCAUGAAGAGCAGAAGAACUUUUCAUCGUAAAUUCUCGGACGUCGUGUCGAUUUCGGUGGAAGUCAUGAGCAUUACGGGCGACAGCUCUACUACUCUGUCCCAAGAUGCUGACAUAUUCUACGACACGGAAGUCUUGGCGAUAGUCCACCGGUCCAAAUCUAUGUCUGCUGGCCUUGUCUCCACUGUAGUGUGGGGUUGGUUUGGAAAAAACAGCCAGAAAGGUGAACGUGAACGCUAUAAGUUGGAGGAGCUGGCAAAGCGAUAUGGCACUGCUAUGAUUCCUGUCCAUCAAUACCACGAACCGUUGGACUUGAUUCAAGUUCUCGGUGACAAGCUAGCUACGCGACAGGGAUCUCGCCCUCACUGGUCUGCUGAAAAUACUGCGAUGCACAUAGUCCGAUCCAGAAGAGGCCAAAUCCUCAUUGACGAGAUCGAUCUUAAUAUUAAGAACCUUUGUUCUGGGUUCAGCUGCUGUCUUUCCAUCCUCGACACUGUGUACGUCUGGCACGGUCACGGAUCCACUGAAAUGGAACGAGAAGCAGCCCUUGCAUAUGCCAGGAACAUGAAAGACAACGUUGUUGAACUUUCACAAGGAUCGAACGACGAGGAUGAAAUGUUUUGGAUUGUCCUGGGAGAAGGAUCAUUUGCUUCAGCUAACUAUUGGCAGUGGAAGUGCGACUCUUCCGAUGUAGAACCCCAUAUCUGGCGAGUGGAUACUAACAACGUAAAGUCACCGGUCACUGCGGUUGAAACCUUGCAAACCGAGUAUGCUCGGAAUUUCGUUCAUAUUCUGGAUUGCGUGUGGGAGUACUUCGUCAUGGUUGGACGGUCGGCUCGUGGGAAGAGAGCAGAUAUACGGUUGGGUUUGGCUGUUGCAACGGAAAUGAGUGCGCGUGUCAGAAACCAGCGCCCAUAUACACCGACCAUUCAUACCCUUGUUUUCCCAACUCAAAUACCUUUGGACCUUAAAGCUCACUUCCGCGAACUUGACGAGUCUCUAUUUAAUGAUAACGAUGUACCUGAUCAUAUGAACAUACUUUCGAGAGAGGAGGCGCUCGACCAUCUUCGUCGUAAGUCAUGGGAACAAUUCGCUUUAAGAGAUCCAUCAAUGCUACCAUUGGGAAUGAACGCCCCUCCGUUUAUUAGCACGUAA